AUGAGUUAUGGGCGCAUUUCAUCCUCAACAUCCAGAAAUGUGAUUGAUUCGCAAGUUUACACAGGAUUUGCGAAGCUUCUAUGCGCGUGUGGAGACGAAGCAAUACUGCGUAGUGCGAAAACCGUAAACAACUAUGGAAAGUUAUUCUGGGGAUGCAAGCAUUUUAAGGGGAAUUCCAAUUCUGGGUGUGGUUUUUUCGAAUGGUUCCAUGAAGAAUGUAGAGAUGAGAAGGAAGAAACCUUGAUGAAGCAUGAAUGGAAGAUUCAGGUGCUAAGCCAAGAGAUGGAUGUUGUCAGGAAAGAGACAGAAGAUUUAAAGUUGAAAACAUUGGAAUUGGAGGAGCUAAUUGAGAAGACAAAGAAAUGGAAGAGCAUUUGA